AUGGACGUGAAAAUGUGUCGUUUACUGGACUUUACCCUGGUGCCACCUAUAAUAUCUCUCUUGUCUAUGAAAAGUCUUCCAGAGUUUUCCUGCAGUGUGAACACAAAUUAACAAUUCUUCCUCCUAAUCUAAAUGCUCACUGUGAGUACUGGGCAGCUGGAUACUCUGUUCUUAUUAAAUGGACAGUUCCAGAGGGCGAGUGGACUAAUGCGGAGGUGAAUGUGGCUGGAAAGACUCACACAGUAGCUAGUCCUGAAACUGAGAUCAUAAUCGAUGGAUUCCAACCUGCCAAAAAAUAUAAGGUGUCUGUAACUUCACUGUCUGGGGUGAGGAGUUCUGAACCGCAUGUGUUUUACUGCCAAACUGAUCCAAGGGGAGUUAUUGCAGGGUCCGUAUUUGGUGUGCUUCUUUUUGGUCUCCUGGUCGCUCUGGUUGUCUUAAUUUUCCUCAAAAGACCAGAUAUUAUUAGCAGAAAGAAGUCUUCAUUCAUGGGUGGAUCCAAAGUACCAAACACACAGAGCAAGUAAGUGUUUUUUUACAAU